UCGGCGCCACCUAGCGGACUGCAGCUCCUCCUCCUUCCCACAGAAGACGCGGACACUCUGCGGGUAGCAGCCGACGCGGCAGCGCGCAGAAGCACACGACCGCAUUACGACGUCACCUCGCCAGCGGCAGCCGGGCACCAGGGGACGAAACAUGAGGUCCUCCACGAGUUACUCGUCCCUCUACGCGGCAAGGGCGCUGCUGCUGAUUCUACUUUCGACGGUGGUGAGGGCUGCGCCAGUGGCGCUACAACAGCCGGAGGCGGCUGCGGAGGCGGCUGCGGAGACGCGGCAGUCGGUGGAGGAGGAGGCGGCGCCGUGGGCGGACCGCCUCGCGCAGCUGGCGGGCCUGGCGCAGGUGGCGGCCGAGUGGCCGGGGGCGGCGGGGGCGGCGGGGGCGGCGGACCAGCAGCGGUGGCGCGUCGUGCCGUGGCCGGUGGGCGUGCCGCUGCCGCCGGGGGCCGAGGUGGUGGGCCAGUGGCCGCCCCCGGGGCAGGCCCCCGCCGACGAGGGCAGCGCGCAGUGGCUGGCCGACGGCGACGCCGAAGACCCACAGAGACGCAACGACAAGGCGCUCGCCUACUUCCAGCUCUUCCAGCCCUACCUGGGCUACGGCGAGGACGAAAUAGAAGGAGACCCCGACUCCGGGCUGGAGGCGUUCUCGCGCGCCGGCGGCCUGCGGCUGCCCGUGGGCGGCGCCUCGACGCGCCGCAAGCCGUUCCCCGACUCGCCCGUCUACUACAUCCGCAUGCCCGCCGCGCCCUACGUCUUCGUGCCGGGCCUGGGCUACGUCAGCCAGCCGCCCCCGCCGCCGCCGCCGCCCCCGCGACGCGCCGCCACCUACAACCCCUUCAUCAACGUGCCCGUCGAGUUCGUCUCCAACGGCAAGCCGACCGGCGUCUACCGCUGGCAAGGUCGUCCGGCUUCCACGACCACGACCCCCAAGCCGGCGCUGCAGCAGUCGGCCGUCAACACCCUCGACAAAGGGCCUUACGUCUUCAACGGCAAGCCUUCGCGCGUCCACGUGCUCCGCGACCAGUACAACGUGCUGUACGCAGAUGCUCUGCAGAACUUCUACCCCUAGGCUCCGUAGCUCGCGAGCCGAGACGUUUCGUAGUGCUGCUCUAUGAAUGGACAGUGUGCAUGGAGUGCUAGCUUUGACUUGAAUGAGAGAAAUCUGAGCAUGAGAAGAUCAAGUUUGAUCGUUUCGUAAACAUAUCGAACUGCUUCUUUACCUUGUCUUAUCUCGACGUGUAUUGGAGUAGCUCGGAAAACAAGACAUCAGUUCUCCCCCAAAACUGUUCUCCAUUUUUUAAAAUUACAUAAACACAACCUCACUAAAAAGGAAAGAAAACAUCACAGGCCUACUUUUCAUACGCAAAACAGAAUUAUCAACAAAAAUGUGGAUUCGUUGCCCGCCAUCCAGAAUCUCUGGAAAAACGAAAAAAAGCAACCUAAACACACAACCUACUGCCCAGAAAGUCACUGAAAAAAAUAUAUAAUCGCAACACAGUUCCAGGAAAAAUCCUUAUUUCACUAUAUUCUAGCAUCACGCCGCCUUACAGCCACAACACACACACAUUAUAUAUAUAUAUAUAUAUAAAUAUUUCCAAAUCAGCCUCUGUAUUCUCCGUAUUAAGAAUUUUCGCCUGCUUGUUUCCCUCAUUCACUAUACAGGACAUCUCACAAGACUGGAUUUUGUUUCCUGUCAUUGUCAACUUCAUGUUAUCAGGAUUUUAUUUCCUUUCAGUCGUUACUUUAGUGGUACCUUAGUUGCCUUAUCAAGCACUAUAUCACUUCCGUCUUCCACGUGUCUUCAGUGCUCAAAGUUAUGUGUCUAGCUGUUAGAUCAAUGCCUAGUAGCUAAGUUUAUUUAAUAUUUAUAUCAGUAACUUAUAAAUAUCAAGUCUGCAUUGUAAUAGUUGUUUAAUGUGUGAACUGAAUGAAUUCAAUUAAAAUUUUGUUUUUGUAAUA